GUCGGGUCAGCUAGGCAUCAUCAUGCCUGCUGCUGUGAUUAUGGAGGAAAAUUUUGAUAAAUUAUUGGAGCAGUGUGAAGCCCAAGAGCUCGAGGCUCCAGGGGGCAUCGCGACACCUCAAGUCUACACUCAGUUGCUGGCGCUCUAUUUACUACAUAAUGACAUAGCGUACCAAACCGAAGAAGUUGUUUAUCGAACAUCCUCUAAUGAAAGGAACAAUGCCAGGUAUCUAUGGAAGCGGAUUCCCCAAGCAAUAAAAACGGCAAACCCUGAAUUACCAGCUGUUUGGGCUGUUGGCCAGCGCAUUUGGCAGCGAGACUUUCCAGGAAUCUACACAACCAUCGCAGCUUACCAGUGGUCAGAGAAUAUCCUUCCGGUCAUGGAGGCCCUUCGAGAGAGCACAAGACAAAGGGCGUACGCGCUAGUGGCCCAGGCAUAUACUUCCAUCACAGCAGAAGAUUUUGCAGCCUUUGUGGGCUACUCUGUGGAAGAGGCAGUAAAGGGUGUUGUGAGCCAGGGCUGGCAGGCAGACCCCGCUACCAGGAUGGUGAUGCCCAAGAAGCCAGAUCCUCCCCCUGUUUCAUUGGUUCCAAAUGAGCAGCAGUUGGCCAGACUCACUGACUACGUGGCUUUCCUCGAGAACUGAUAACCCGCCACAACCACUGCCACCCUUUUUCGCCUGCUUGGUACAGAGGGGAGAACACAAGUUUGUAUAGACUCUUCCUCCUUCCUACAGCUUGCAAAGUCCCACUCCCUGAAAAAGAUGUACCAAAAACACACCCAUCAUCGUGUAGGAUUGUUGCAAGCUCUUCUCCACGACCUGCCUAUUUAUGUUCAGUGACUAAUAUAGCAUCUUGACAAUUGGCUACAAUGUUGUAUUAUAUAUAAAUAUAUAUUUCAGUUCUUUGCAACCUGCCUGAAGCAGAAAUUCAGAUCUGAGGAGGUGUCACAGGAAAUGAUUCUCAUCACUGUCAAUAUGUUUUCAUUGCUAAACAUAACAGAAUAAAUACACAAAGCAGUAGGUACACAAUGGCCAUUCUGUCUCAGCACUUAAAGGGUUCCCUGAAACAAAUUUUGUCAAGUAACAGAAGUCUUGGCAUGCAUGCAUCACUGUGUGGAGUAGAGCUGCAACUAACGAUUAUUAUCUGAUUAUUUUCUCAAUAAAUCGUACACGAAAUGUAAAACAAUUGUGGCAAGAAAUGACAGUCACAAUUUCUCAGAAGCCACAGUGAUGUAAAUAAUUUGCUUGUUUUGUCUGACUUAAAUGUUUAGAUAUUGAAUUUACUGUCAGAUAUGAUAUGGACAAACAAGCAAAUAAUCACACUUGAGGAGCCAUCAAACGUGUGUGGCAUUUUCUUUCUGAAACAAACAACAAAUAAUGAAUCAACUACUCUUGCAGCUCUAGUAGGGAGUUCAGUACUCAGACCUCGUAUUUGAAGUUUAUGUUUUGACUGGUGAAUAAAUAUUUUGCUGU